GCCGCACAGCACUGGGUGAGGCAAGACGAGGCGAGGCAAGGCAGGAUGGCAGGGCCGGCCAGCCAGCCAAGCACCCAAGAGCAUGGAAGUGGAAGCAAGCCUUUGAUGAACACUCAUCAUCACCAAGCAAUCACCAAGCAGACGGAAUGCUAAUGUGGGCCGAUGUACUGCUGCCUCGACUCGUGACCUGCUUGAUGAGCGCCUGAUGAGCGCCCGCUCGCGCGUCUGAGGGCGGCUGCUUCGGCACGUGGUUAUUCCGGCGGCGCUACUGCGCCAGGCGCAAGAAAAAAUCCGCCCGCGCCAUGGCAGCCGGAGGCGACGAUCUCCCAAGGGCACAUGCACUCACCCAGCCAUCAUCAUUCUCGCCGGCCUGCCCAGAUCGAGGUCAGACGAUCCUGCAACGCCACUCGCCGUCGCCGGCAGCCCUCGCCUCUGUUCCGCUUCCCUCUACGGGCAGACGUCCUGCGUCCUGCAUCGAGCCCGCCGGCCGCAUCGCCUGCUCCGAUUCGCAACGCAUUUGGCAACGCUGGCCACGCUUCGUGACCUGACCACCUGGACCAGCUCGCACAGAGUUUGUACACGCUGCCGUCGUGCAACGAUCAACUCGGCGCCUGAGGUUGACUCACGGUCGGCGUUGGAAUCAAAUAACUCCCAACUAUCGUCAUCACAUCAACUCGAAAAACCUGCCAGCUGCUCUGGGCCCCUAUCCCCCACACCCUUUGAGGAACCGUUCGCCGCCCUCCGCAACCCAAUCCAACAGUGACAGUUGCUGUCGCCGUUGUUACGUGUUUCGCCUUCGCGUAUUGUCUACUGAGUCGCGGCCAUGGCGGACUCACAACCCCAGCCUGACAUCAAGAGCAUCCUUGCUGCCCUUGCGGCCCAGCGACCACCCGCAACGACACCCUCACAGACUCCUCCGGGAGCUCCUGGCCAUGGGUAUCCAGCUCCGUCGUCGACCCAACCCGGGUCAUACCCCGGCGCCCCUCCCCCGCCCGCGGGACCUCCAGGCUACGGUGGUGGCUCGGGUCUUCCGGCACCUGCGGCGAGCGGUAACGUCGAUCUGAGUGCAAUCCGCCCGGUCAACUCUGGGACAAUGAGCUUCGACGACAUCGUGUCACAGGCGCGAGCUUUUGCAGCCGAGAAGGGAGCCACGUCCUAUGACCGGCCCCUUGUCUAUGGCUCCGACUCGAGGAACAGCGAUCGCGCCUAUCGACGCUCGAGAUCCCGCUCCCCUCCCCGAGGCGACUUUCACAGUAAUGACCGUCGUGGCGCACACGGCCGCGACUACCCCCGGGAUCGCUCGUACUCCCCACCCGCACGAGGUCGCACGUUUUCGCCUCGCGCAGGUGCCAACAGUGGUCGCGAUCGCUCCCCUCUGCGUGGGGGCGAUGACAACUCCGAGACAAUACAGAUCGAAUCAAGCCUCGUCGGUCUCAUCAUCGGUCGGCAGGGCGAGAAUCUCCGACGGAUUGAGGCCGAGUCCAACUGUCGCGUGCAGUUCCUGGCUCCAACUGACGCUGGGUCUCACCGCCAGUGCAGGAUUUCCGGUCCUCGGGCGCGCCGCGCCGAGGUGAAAGCUGCCAUUAAUCGAAUUAUCGAGGACAGUGGAAUGGGCGCCUUGAACCGGCCCCAGGAAAAGCCGCGGGAUCAGGGCCGGGGUGGCUCGGCUGCCCUCCGUGAAGGUGAGGACCAUAUGCAGAUCAUGGUCCCGGACCGCACCGUCGGCCUCAUCAUCGGGCGCGGAGGUGAGACCAUUCGAGACCUCCAAGAACGUUCGGGAUGCCACAUCAACAUCGUUGGCGAAUCUAAGAGUGUCAACGGCUUGCGGCCUGUGAACCUGAUAGGAACGGUCGAGGCUGCGGCCCGUGCCAAAGACUUCAUCAUGGAAAUUGUGGACAGCGAUACCCGGGGCGAUGGACCCGCCGCAAAGAAGGCACCCGGAGGUGAACGAAACGACCGCCCUCCCCGGGAUAUCGGUGGGGGCGGGCCGGACAAGCUCAACGACUCUAUCUACGUCCCGUCCGACGCCGUAGGCAUGAUAAUCGGCAAGGGAGGGGAGACCAUCCGCGACAUGCAGAACGCGACGGGAUGCAAGAUUAACGUUGCCCAGUCUUCUGGUCCGGGAGAAGUUCAGAGAGAGAUUGCCCUCAUUGGUUCGCGCGACAGCAUCGAGCGUGCCAAGCUCGCAAUUGACGAGAAGGUUGAGGCGGUGAAGAGUGGCGGCGGCAGCGGUGGUGGUGGCGGACGCGGCCGCGGAUACCAGGAUCUUGACCGAAGCUCCUACUCCCAACCCGGCGCGAGCGCGUCUACUAACCAAGCAGCUCCUCAAGCAGCGGCUGGCGACGCUUCUGACCCGUAUGCCCAAUAUGGCGGCUACCAAAACUAUGUGGCGCUCUGGUAUCAAUCCCUGAUGUACCAGCAACAGCAGCAGGGCGGACAAGGAGCCCCGGCCGGAGCCCCGGCCCCGGGGGCCCAGUGAUGUUCCUUUCGUGGUGGCGGGGCCUCUCGCGUUGAUGACUGGGUGACCCUGAUUGAGCUCGCUCCGUGCAUUGCCCGAGCAGAGCGUCUUUCUGAGAUGCCUUGACAUGAUUGACCUCAGCUCGCCUCCUGGUCCCGAGGCACAAGCUUCCAACCAUGACGUUGAUAAUGGUGUCGACGACUGUACAACAUUUUCCCCUCCUUUCUUCUCUCUCAGGACGCUCGCCGACGUGUCGACUGCGUUUUGCCUUGAUGAACGUAUACCCCCUAUUCCAUGCGAAUGAACUGGAUGCGCGCGGAAUUUGAAAAGCACCACUGCAAAGUCGACACUAAUCAACACACUAUGCUGCUGCGAUGGGUCGUAUGCCUCCCACUCGAAGAAAAAGAGGAAACAAGGGCGCAGAGGCUUGGGUCAAUUGGCAUUGGACCCGAGGCCCGAGAGUGCAAAGGCCCUCCCCUUGUAGGGACCUGAGGGCUGGUUACGCUUGCCUGACGCCUCGGGACAGACUGGCGGCGACUCGACCUCUUCUCACCAUCGACAGGCGUUGGGGCCUGUGACUCAGCUCUCGUGCAUGUCUGACUGUCGCCGCAGCCGCCUCGUCGAGCGUGUCAUCGAGCAGAGUGACCCCAACAGACCCCGACGACGUUUGCGCAAGAAGUGAGCGGCGAGACGGUUACAAGGGCGACGAGACGUCGCCAGACCACACUUGCGCAAGGAGCGCAAAGUCCUUACUGUGCCGGCCUCCCAUGACGCUGCCUGACACGUACUGGGUUGAAGAGGACCAUCUGACCCCUGAUGCCACUCGUCGGGUGACUUGAGCUUCAGCGCGGGCACUAACUCCGUUGUGUUUCGGCGCGCUUCGUGCGGCUCCCAGCCCAGCUGCCGUUUCUUGCGUAUCUUUUAAUGUAUUCGCGAUUUUCCCAACCAACCCAACACCCGCCCCCCCAUGAUAUGUUAUGCUUAGUACGAGAGAAGAAGAAGAAAAUUAGGAGGCAGUUGGGGGAUAGGACAUUAGCCAGGAGCCUUGGGUGGCAUGGGUACGGAGUCUGGGAUGGAUCCGCCGGAGGGAUCAUUACCAUAGUGCGUUGCAAUGGGAUCUUUCUCUUGUUAA